AGUCAGCACUCUGUUGCAGCUGCCCAACACUUCUCUGAGCUUUUCUCUCUACAGCCGCCAACAUUUCUUUCUUUACUUUUGGGGCCAUAAAUGACCGAUUGCCAAAUGGUUUCUUCAGACUUCACAGCUGAUGAAAGGCUGGAGAUCGAAAGCAUCAAAAUGUAUAAAAAGGACCUUCUGGACGACAUCCAGAAGUUGAAGUUGGAGAUAGACAAUGUCAUGUCAGAAAUACUCAGCUUUGAGUCUACAGAGGAAAGCAAAACUAUUGAGAAGAACCAGCGGUUUUUAAACGGGAAGAAGAAAUUCAACAUGGACCCAAAAAAGGGCAUCAAUUUCCUGGUGGCGAACAAGCUGCUGGACGGAACCGCAAAAUCCAUUGCAGAGUUUCUUUACAAGGAGGAGGGACUCAACAAGACGGCCAUCGGAGAGUUCCUUGGAGAGAGGGAAGAGCUUCAUCUUCAGACCCUGAAAGCCUUUGUGGAGCUGCACGAAUUCGCUGACCUCCACCUGGUCCUGGCGCUCAGACAGUUUCUGUGGAGUUUCCGUCUGCCGGGUGAAGCUCAGAAAAUUGACCGGAUGAUGGAGGCCUUCGCCACGCGCUACUGCGACUGCAACGCUCAUGUCUUCCAGUCCACAGACACGUGCUACAUCCUGUCGUUUGCCAUCAUCAUGUUGAACACGAGCCUCCACAACCCUAACGUGAAGGACAAAACCACCCUGGAGCGAUUCAUCUCAAUGAACAGAGGGAUCAACAACGGCGAGGAUCUGCCCAACGACCUUCUCGCCAAACUCUACGAGAGCAUUCGCAACGAGCCUUUCAAAAUCCCAGAAGACGAUGGAAACGACCUGACUCACACAUUUUUCAACCCUGACAGGGAAGGCUGGCUCCUUAAACUCGGAGGUCGUGUUAAAACGUGGAAAAGGCGAUGGUUUAUCCUGACAGACAACUGCCUCUACUACUUCGAGUAUACAACAGAUAAAGAACCCAGAGGUAUCAUUCCUCUAGAAAAUCUGAGCGUGAGGGAAGUGCCGUACCCUCGCAAACCGUACUGUCUGGAGCUGUACAACCCCAACAGUCACGGGCAGAAGAUCAAAGCGUGUAAGACGGAGACGGACGGCAGGGUGGUGGAGGGAAAACAUCAGUCCUACACCAUUUGUGCCUCCAGCGCUGAAGAGAGAGAUGCCUGGAUUGAGGCCAUCAGGGCGAGUAUCACCAAGGAUCCGUUCUACGACCUGGUGUCAGUCAGGAAGAAGAAGGUGAUAAACCAAACUCCUCAGGACUAAGCGCCGCAGGCGUCCCCAGAACUUCUACAUUGACGCCGCUGCGCCGGUUUUGCAUAGGCCUUCGUUCAGGGCUGCCUGGAAUUACCUCGUCGCCACGCACGGACAUAAAGGGGCGCGUGAAGAUGAACGAAACCACACUGACAUUGGGAACUUCUCUUUUCAUAAACCGAGUAAAGACUUUGUCAAAAGGUGAAAACGAAAUCAAGUGAGUCAGUAUUAGCGCGACAGUCCAAAGGGAAUCCCUCAAGGGUUCCUCUGGAACUUUGCAAUAAGGUUUUUAGUCAAAACAAAAAUGUCUUUAGCUUUUUUGUUGUUGUUGUUGUUGCAGAAGUCAGACGCUUACAGGAGUGAGAACUACCGUUGUGGGAUUGUCUUUAUGUGACUUAGUUUCAUAACCCAGAGAGGAAUAGAACAUGUCAUAUCUUAUCAUGAAUGCAAUAAAAACAUCACCAUGUCUGCUUUCUCACAGCUGUCAUACAGCUCUGACACUCGCAAAGCAAUACCCAGCCUUCAUCUUUUGUCUGACAGAGAGUCGACUAAAGAGUUUCCACCUGUAAAAUAUGCCAGUUUACACAGAAAUCUUGUGAAAAGUGUAAAUGAGUUUGAGGAAUGAUCUUACUUUGGUUUGUACUUUAUAAUGCAUGUAAUUAUUAAAGCAAAAAUGUCAAAAGAUUGUGCAAUAGAUGUUACCACUCAAAUGUUUCAUUGUUUCAAGCUGUAUUGUGUUGCCUAUCAAGAUGUACAUUAUACCUUCUACACUUUAUCUUUGUAAUUACAGUAUUGUGGUUUUUUUUGGUGUUCCGGUGAAUUCAUUGUCGAAUUAAAAAUAUUCAUGUAAUAGAAA